AACUACAACUCCCAGUAUGCCCGGGCAGCCUUCGGCUGUCCGGGCAUGCUUGGAGUUGUAGUUUUGCAACAGCUGAAGGCACACAGGUGGGGAAAUACCGCUCUAGAAGAUAGAGCUUGUCUCCAUCUACUUCUCUAGAAUACCCUCAGUGCAGGGUAAUGUUUGUGCCAGGAUGGCAUCCACCGAGUCACUGGUAUUCUUUACAACUUAAGAAGAGGAAAUAUGGCUGCUGAUCUCCGAGAGCCAACCCCCACCUGCUGAGUUGUAUGUGCGAUGGAGCUGGUGGGACCCUAUAAAGCCCGACAAGAAAAAGCCCGGUGGCUAACACUCACUCACUGGCAACCAGCAAAGGGACUUGUCCAGCAGGAGGAGCCACUGAGAGCAGAAGAUAAUGGCACAUACCUGGGGAUACGGUCCUGACAAUGGACCCAACACGUGGCAUCAAUCUUUUCCAAUUGCCCAUGGUGAUCAUCAGUCUCCGAUCGAUAUUAAGACAAGCCAUGCCAAAUACGACCCGGCACUUAAACCCUUGAGCGUCAGCUACGACCCUUCCACCGCAAAACUCAUCCUGAAUAAUGGCCAUGCGUUCAAUGUCGAGUUCGAAGACUCUGAAGACAAAUCAGUGAUUAAAGGUGGAGCUCUGGAUGGAACCUAUAGACUGAAGCAGUUCCACUUUCACUGGGGAUCUUGUGAGGGCCAUGGCUCGGAGCACACCGUCGAUGGGCACAAAUAUGAGGCAGAGCUUCACUUGGUCCACUGGAACACAAAGUAUGGCACUUUUGGUGAAGCUGUGAAACACUGCGAUGGGCUUGCAGUGCUCGGUGUUUUCCUGAAGGUCGGCAAUGCCAAGCCAGAACUCCAGCCAGUGAUUGAUGCCUUAACAUUAAUUCCAACAAAGGGAAAAGAGGCACCUUUCCUAAAUUAUGAUCCUUCAGGUUUACUUCCAAAAUCUUUGGAUUUCUGGACUUAUAAGGGAUCCCUGACUACCCCACCUCUCCUGCAGUGCGUUGUCUGGACUGUACUUAAAGAGCCAAUCAGCGUGAGCGAAGAACAGCUGUCAAAGCUGCGAGGCCUUUAUUUCAACGACGAGCAUGACAGUCCCUGCCACAUGGUUGACAACUAUCGCCCACCACAGCCGCUGAAGGCCAGAGAAGUUAGAGCCUCGUUCCAUUAGGAUCAGAACCUCCCAUCUGGGCUGAGAUCUGACUUGGAUUUGGCGCUCUAAUGCACACUGGUAGCAGUUAUUUCUCUAUGCUGAAUCUCUAAUCCCUUUGUGAGUACUAGGAUCUGAUUAAUGAAAUGUGAAGGUCAACAGACAUAGGCAAAUCAUGUAUAAUGUGAGAUGUUACUUACGCUUAACCAGGCGUUGCUUCUACUGAUUUUCUUCCAUAAAUAAUGCUGCACUAAUAUAGAAGGGGGGGGGGGGGGGUGCUUUGUCCAUAAGAAUUUUUUUUAUGAUUUAUGUCUUAAAAGGAAAACUUGAAGUACCGUACAUACACUGCUAUGUAUGAUUUAAUGUGAACUAGAGUUAAAAGCUUAUCUAUUUGUUGCAUAAGAUAUACAUUGAUUUUAAUAGGAGUGUAAAUAUUUUAAUUGUAUAUGACAGAAUAUACGUAGAGAGUCAUAUUGGUGCUAACUUUGCGCAAUUUUAAGGUCCAAACUUAACAUGUAGACAGAGGAGAUUAUAUAUGUAUUUUUCGAUACCAGAAUAAAAAUUGCUACUACAAACCA